CCAACCCCAUCCCCAUCCCCAUCCCCACCCCCGUUGCCAACCCAACCCUUCCUCUUCUUUCCUUCUCUCUCCCGUCUGCUUUCACCUUUACAGAUCACAUAUUCAAGAGCAUCGCAGCGAACCUUCUUCCCUAAAAACUCCAACCACAACCCCAACUGGGCUCUGCUUCCCAUCACAACCUCAGAUUCCCUUACUUCUCUCUCUCUCUCUCUCUCUCUCUCUCUCUCUCUCUUUCUCCUACCAUGGCGAAAGACCGAGAAAAGAGGAUGUAUGUCGGAGUUUUUUUUAGUUAUGCUGCGGAACUCAAGCUUUUUCUUUCCGCUCUCCUCCUUCUCUGUGCUCUCGCUACUCUCCUCCAGUUCCUUCCUUCUCGUUUCACGCUCUCUAUCGCAGAUCUCCGUUCCUGCUCCGCCGCCCGAGAUUCCCCUCCUCCUCCUCCUCCUCCUCUAUCAGCAACACUCCGUUCUUCUGUACCCCCUCCAACUCUCAUCCCCUCCCCUCCAACAGAUCAGCUGCUUCCCAAUGGCGUUCUCCGCCGCGCUUUUCACCCUUACGGUUCUGCUGCUUAUAACUUCAUCACUAUGGGUGCCUACAGAGGCGGCCUCCACAACUUUGCCAUUGUUGGUUUAGCCUCCAAGCCUCUUCACGUCUUUGGGCGUCCCACUUUCCAAUGCCAGUGGAUUCCUCGCCUCCACCCGUCUAAUCCCAUCAACGCCUCCGCCUUCAAGAUCCUUCCCGACUGGGGCUACGGUCGCGUUUACACCGUCGUCGUCGUCAAUUGCACUUUCUCUCACCCUGUUAAUGCCGACAACCAGGGUGGAAAAUUGGUUCUCUAUGCCUCCACUUCCGGUGGCGGCGACCGCGACAUCAACCUUACCGACACGAUUGAGGUUCUAACAGAAACCCCCGGUGGAAUGAACGCUUCCCUUUUCACAUCGAAGCCCAAAUACGACUAUCUCUACUGUGGGUCGUCUCUGUAUGGGAACUUGAGCCCCCAGAGAGUGAGAGAGUGGUUGGCAUACCAUAUCAGGCUAUUCGGGGCCAGAUCCCACUUUGUAAUACAUGAUGCGGGCGGGGUUCAUGAUGAGGUGCUGGAAGUUUUAAAGCCAUGGAUGGAAUUGGGGUAUGUGACAUUGCAGGACAUCAGGGAGGAGGAAAGGUUCGAUGGAUACUAUCACAACCAAUUCAUGGUGGUGAAUGACUGUUUGCAUCGGUACAAGUUUAUGGCUAAGUGGAUGUUCUUCUUCGACGUGGAUGAGUUCAUCUUCGUGCCGCCGAAGAACACCAUAAAAUCAGUUCUGGAUUCGCUUUCAGAGUACUCCCAGUUUACAAUUGAGCAGAUGCCGAUGAACAGCAAGACGUGUCUGACAGAGGAUGCGGGGAGAACCUACAGGAAGUGGGGGUUUGAGAAGCUGGUAUACAAGGAUGUGAAAAGGGGAAUAAGGAGGGACAGGAAGUACGCAGUGCAGCCGCGGAUGGUGUAUGCGACGGGGGUGCACAUGUCGGAGAACGUAGCCGGGAAGUCCACACACAAGACGGACAGGAUCAUAAAAUACUUCCAUUACCAUGGCACCAUUGCGCAGAGGAGGGAGCCCUGCCGCUCCCUUUCCAAUCAAACCCAGCUUACUCUCGACAACACCCCCCAUGUGUUGGACACCACCAUGCGCCUCGUCGCCCCCGCCGUCAAGAGAUUCGAGCUCAAAAUGAUCGGUACCAGGUUACAGGCCACGCGCCAAUAAGUAGUUCUCAUUUCGUUCUUUCUUCACAUCAACUCUUGGUUUUUUUUCAUAGAACUAAAAAUAUAUGUUUGGGGGCAGGAGGAGGAUUAGAAGGGUGGGGGCAUUGGUUGUAAUUAUUUUGUUUACUCUUUUUUUUUUUUUU